GAUAUAACAGUUUACACCCAACAGAAUUAAAUAUACAGCAGACAGAAACAAUCACAGAACCAGACAGAGAUUAUACAGACAAACAACAGGGAAGUGGAGUCUACAGUGACAGAACAAUACAGAAAGGAGGAUUUUACACCCCAGCUAUUGAUAGGAAGCCUCAACGGCAUCUAGUGUCACGACAAAAGACAUGUCCACAGGAGUGUAUGAGAGUACAACCCUUCCCACCACUUUUGACCCUACCACAGAUAUUGCAUUCGGGAGUACAGACACCAUAGGCCAGAGCACCAUGGAGAAGUCAAGUCCUCCCGCUCUUGACACUACACCUAAGGGGGGCAUCACUGAUGGAACUGAGAGCACCACCAGCCUCUUUUUCUCAAGUCCAUCAGCUGAGACAACCUCGGAAAAUGAAACGCCACAUUCUCAGACGACGAGUGUCACUGAGACCUCCAGCCAAUUUGAGAUCAACACACCUGAGUCCCUGCCAACUAGAGACUCAGUCACAACCAUCCGACUCUCCAGUAAAUCUUCUGGUACUGUAAGUCCAAAGGAUGCCUUCACAACUGCAGAAAACACAACUGUUGUGUCACACAUCAGCAAGCCUACUGGAACGACAACUGGAGAAGACGCGACAGGAAUAGCAGAGACCAGCACGGAUCUCUUCCACCCCACUAUGUCAUCUGAGUCCACAAAAGAGUCCACAACAACAGGUACAAGUGCAACUACAGUGGCUGGAAGCUCCCUCUCUGCUGAGACCACCACUGGCUCUGUAACUAGUCCCCUCCCUGCAGAAACAUCGACAACUCCAAGCGAUGCAACUGCUGGGACACCCAGCACUAUGCAAACAAUGGGACCUACUUCGGCAGCGGAAAGUGCUACCCCGCUUCAUACUACACUUAAGGUGGGCACCACUGCUGGAACUGAGAGCACCACCGGCCUCUUUUUCUCAAGUCCAUCAGCUGAGAGCACUACUGAAAAGGCAACGCCACCUUCUCAGACAACGAGUGUCGCUGAGACCUCCAGCCAAGCAGAGAUCACAUCUGAGUCCCUAACAAGUAGAGACACUAUCACAACCCUUCCACUCUCCAGUAACCCUUCUGUUACUGCAACUCCAAGGGACACCUUCACAACAGCAGAAAGCAACAUCGCUGUGCCACACACCAGUUCACCUGCUGGGACGACUACUGCAGAAGACACCACUAGAGUAGCAGACACCAGCACAGUUUCCUUCCAUCCCACUACGUCAUCUGAGUCCACAAAAGAGUCUGCAAGCAAAUCUACUUCCAUGACAGACUCGUCUCAGACGACUUCCCAGACUGAUAGGACCUUAAGUGUUGGGAGCAGCCCGCCAGAGAAUUCAUUUGUAAGCACCGCAGAGAGCACUACGACAUCAGCUACGCCUACCGGAGCAAGUACCUCGAUAGAAAGGGAAAUAUCCACAGUUCUCCCAGGAAUCAGUAGUCCCCAGGCAACAGCUGAAACUUUGGGCACCACUAAUGCACCAGGAGAAACCACAACUGUCUCUCCUGCAAUUCCAUCAGGCAGGUCCACAGAGAUGUCCAGAAGAACAUCUCUUCCCACCACUUUUGCGCCUCUCGCCGCUACUACAGAGGGCAGCUCAGGCACCGUAGCACAGAGUAUGGUGCAAAAAUCAAGCCCUAGCACCUCUACUCUAGCACAGACCAGCACCUCUGAAGACAACUCCAGACUUCUUUCCUUCUAG